GUUUGGGGAAGGAGAGGAAGCAGCCGGCAAGGAAGCAGGCGGCACAGAGGCCGCCGCCGCCGCUGCAGCAGCAGCAGCAGCCUCCGCCCCAGCCGCCAAACCCGCCACUGCUGCGGGGGAGGAAGAUGCGUUCGCGCUGCCCGGAUUGUUUGACGACGACGGCAGCCCAGAUGCCGCCGCGGGAGCCACCGUCACACCGGCCUCCUCGCUGCUUCGUGCGGCAGCAGCGGCGGACGCGGGGGGGCGUACGGCAGGGGCGGGUGCGGGCGGCAAGGGAGGCAAGCGGAGCGGCGGCAAGGCACCCGCGGUGCCGGCUCCGGAGCCGCCCAAGACCCCUCGCGCCCUGCUGGCGCAGCUGUGUCAGAAGCAGGCCUGGUCGCAGCCCCGGUACGAACGACUUGCCGUACAGGCAGCAGGCAGUACGGCAACAGCUGGCGAGGGAGCGGCAGGGGGCAGCGGUGGCGGCGGCAGCGGUUACCGUUACAAUGUGGUUUUGGAUCUGGGCCCCGCCAGAGGCCUGGCCAAGAAACGAAACCUGUACG